ACUUGAUCUCCAUCAUACGUUUGGUCAUACAUCUGCCUAAAAUACAGUUGUCUUUUCCAGAAAAAUGGGAACAGAUAUUGAAGAAAGGUUCGACGCCUGUCAUAAAUUAUCACAAAAGAAAGGAUGCCCGCCUUCAGUAAAUGAUGGCUUAGAAAUCUACGGGCUGCUAAAACAGGCUACAGUAGGGGACAAUCCUAAAACAAAACCUAGCGCAUUUAACAUAGUGGAAAAAGCAAAAUGGAAGGCCUGGGACAAAUAUAAAGGACUAUCUAAGGAAGAAGCUAUGGAAAAAUUCGUGGAAAGUGUAAAAAAAGCGUAUUCGUGUUCAUGUUAAUAAUAAAUUGUGAAACUUUCUUAGACACGUUUUUUUUAAAUUAUAUUGAAGUAAACAGCAUUUUUGUUCAGUGCCUGUGCGCCAAUUAGAUUUUUUUCUGGAAAUAUCGCAAACCUUUUUAUUGGAGCUAUACCUACUAACGUCUCACUCAACAUCGAAUGGAAAAUCAACAAUUUGAAACUCUUAUCCGUGAUCUUGUUUUAGGUAAUAUUCAUCAAUGAUAGACAUACAUGUAAUAUAGCGAUGUACCUAUCCUAUAUAACAAAAUUAAUUAUCAUGUAGGUACAAUUUAAGAAAGAUGAUGGGGUGUUAAACUAAAUAUAUUUCAAAAAGAGUCCUUCGAAUAAAUUUAAAAGUAAAGAUGAUUUUAUACAUUUGUCAAGGAUUUUUUUUUUGCAAAAAAAUCACUGGAUGGAAACCCACCCUAUGCCACUCACUAAUCCACUUGUUAAGAGGCCAACAACAAGCCGUUAAAAAUUGAGAAAAAGGGUUGAUUUCCCGAGACGAGAACUCACUUAUUUUGUAAUAUUUUUUGACCGGAUUAGAAAAUAAUAAAAGAUAAUGCUGUUGUUUUAGUUUUUCGAAAAAAAAAAUGCAAAUUGAAAAUAUCACGACCUAAAUACUCGAAAAAAAGCAUCAUUUCUAUCGCUCGGUACAUCCAA